AUGACCACCAUGAUCAGCUCUGGUGAAAGCAAAGUUGAUGAACCCGACCCCAAGAAACCGCGGCUCGAUGGCUUGGUGCCCCCGCCCCCAGCGCCACCAGCACCUCCCGCCCCACCAGCUCCCCCCCAGGUGCCUUCCCUGAAACCCAACAGUGUGGGCUACGGGAUGCAGGAUCUCAUCUCUCAGAUGGCUGCCCGUGGCGUUGCCAAACCAGCGCCUGGGAUGGUGCUGCCAGCGCCCAUGGGCAUCCGGCCGAUGCUUCCGGCCAUGGUGCCAUGUGGGAUGCCCAUCCCAGGACCACCGGGCUGCGGUGCAGCACCAGCUGGAUGUGGUGGCUGCAUGUUGCCCUUACCUGGGCCCCCAGUCACUGGGAAGCCUGUGUUCUUGGCUGCGGCAACAGCUCACAUCAAACCGACAUCCAGCAAGCCGGGGAAGCAGCUGGCCAUGGAUUUUGUACAGUCCAGCAAGGAGAAGCAGGCCGAAAUGCUCAAGGAUCCCAAUGUGGCCAGGGCCAUCCUUCAAACCUUGGAGGGGGCGGGGCGCCCAGGUGCAGUUCCUGCGGUUCCUGUUGCGAAAGUGGCAACUGAAGCAGAGGGCAAAGAUGCGCCGCUGUGGACAGGUGUGUUGACCCUGGCGCGCAACAGCGCGAAGCGGCUCCCUGCGCGGGUCACCUUGCAUCGAGGCAAAGUGCAAGAGAUCGAAGUGGCAGUGCGGUCGGCGGCGCAGCACCAGCCGGCCAUGUUGGAUAUCAAACAUCGAGUACCCUUUGAGGAGGCGGCGCGGCGCAUCAGUACUGGCUCAGUCUUGUCGGUGGAUCCCAUCAGCCCGGCGGAUCAGAAAUCCUUUGAUGAAUACAUCAAGUAUUUCAAGACCAAGUCUCGCGCUGGCGUGGCGCGGCUUGUGGGAAACUUGGCCUUGUACCUGCUACCUGCUGGAGAAAGUCCGGAGGUGUUGAAGGCCCUGUAUGAGUUGAAUACGCAUAUCCCACGCAAUGGCAGCUUGCUGGGGAUCAUCGGUGAGAGCGGCCCUGUCGCCCCACCGGGUGCGCCGAGAGAGUUACCGAAAGCCAAGGAGGUGAAGCCAGAGGAGAAGAAGGAGCCCGCGGAAGGGGAUGACGAAGGGAAAAUGUCUUCCAAGGAGCUCAUGGAUUUGUUCAGCAAUCCAGACCUCAUUGCAGCGCUUGUGAGUGAUGGCAAAUGA